UUUUACUAUGAUGAUUGAUGGUGUUCUCUAUCCUGGAGUCAUAAAAGAAAAAGAAGUGGCCCAGCAGCAAUACCAGAAAGCUGUUUCACGGGGACAGACUGCAGGUCUCGUAAAGGCCUCUGGAAGAAAAACAGAAAAAUUCAGUGUUUCAGUCAACAUUGCUGCAGCCAGCAAAGUCACUUUUGAGCUGACCUAUGAGGAACUGCUGAAGAGAAGCUUUGGGAAAUAUGAGAUGUUCAUAAAAGUAAAUCCAAAACAACUUGUCAAUAAAUUUGAGAUUGAUGUACGCAUAUUUGAGCCUCAGGGUAUCAGCGAUCUUGAGGCAGAAGGAACGUUCAUCAGCAAUGAAUUGUUACCAGUUGUAAAAAAGUCUUUCUCGGGGAAAAAGGGCCAUGUUUCAUUCAGCCCCACCAUUGAUCAACAACGAACCUGUGACAAUUGUACAACCUCUUUAUUGCAAGGAGAUUUUAUAAUAAAGUAUGAUGUGAACAGAGAUUCUCCAAGUAACUUUCAGAUGAUCAAUGGGUACUUUGUGCAUUUUUUUGCACCAAAAAACCUUACACAUUUGCCGAAGAAUGUUGCCUUUGUAAUUGAUGUUAGUGGCUCCAUGUACGGACGGAAAAUUGCUCAGACACGGGAAGCACUAAUAAAAAUAGUUGAGGAUUUAAAGGAACCUGAUCACUUUAAUUUGAUACUGUUUGAGAGCCUUGUUUCUACAUGGAAAAGCUCUUUAGUCCAAGCUACUCCUGAGAAUGUGAACGAAGCAAAACAAUUUAUUGAGACAAUUACUGACAAAGGAACAACAAAUCUUCAUGAUGGUUUACUAACUGGAAUUGAAAUGCUGAACAGAGCUCACCAAAAUGGCACUGUGUCAGCAAGAAGUGCUUCCUUAAUUAUCAUGUUAACAGAUGGUCGUCCUGAUGGAAAUUUGGAAAGAAUUUAUAACACUGCUCGAAAUACAAUCCAAGGAAAAUAUCCGUUAUAUAAUCUUGGGUUUGGUUAUGAUCUUGACUAUGGAUUUUUAGACAAGCUGGCAAAAGAAAACAAUGGAUUAGCUCGUAGGAUCUAUGAGGACUCUGAUUCAGCCUUACAGUUACAGGGUUUUUAUGAUGAAGUGGCCAAUCCCUUGCUUACUGAAGUGACAUUACAGUACCCGGAAAAUGCCAUUUCUGACGUGACUCAAAAUAGUUUUAAGCACUUUUAUGAUGGCUCAGAAAUUGUUGUUGCCGGACGAAUCACAGACAAUGACGUGAACUUUAUUACUGCAGAGGUGAACGGUCAUGGUGCAUUUGAAGAUCUGACUUUUUCUGAGCAAGCAGAUGUUGAAGAAACAGCUAAAGCUCUUGAAGACCAAAAGUACAUUUUUGGAGACUAUAUUGAAAGACUUUGGGCUUAUCUCACAAUUCAACAGCUUCUAGAGAAACGUGCUACAACAACUGGUUAUGAAAAGUCAAAUCUUACUGCUAAAGCCCUGGAAAUGUCUCUGAAAUAUAAAUUUGUGACUCCUCUGACAUCCAUGGUAGUCACGAAGCCAGAGGACAACGCAGAAAAGGAAGCAAUUGCUGACAAGCCUGAAGAAGCAACACAUGCUGCUCUGCAAUCAUACAGUUAUAAGAGCCCACCAUCAACCAUGUAUACAAGCGUUGAUGGAGACCCACACUUCAUUAUAGCUGUGCCCCAAAAGGAAGAUGCUCUUUGUUUUAAUAUUAACGAGGACCCAGGCAUUGUGUUAAACCUGAUCAGAGACCCAAUUACAGAUGUUACAGUCAAUGGGGAGCUUAUUGGAGAAGAGAUGACUAGUAACAAUGCAGCACCACAUAGUACCUAUUUUGGAAGACUUGGAAUUGCAAAUGUGCAACUGAACUUAAAGCUUGAAGUGACUCCUCAGAAAAUCAUCCUCCACAAUGGCUUAAUACAAACGACAUUCACAUGGCUUGAUGAAGUCACCUUACGGAAUUCAGGUUGGACUCUGAAAAUUAUCAAGAAAAAGAGUUUGGAAGUCUCAUUGGGAACUGGAGCAAGAUUUAUGGUGAUUUUGCAUCAAGCAUGGAGGAAAAAUGGAGUGCUUCUGGAUUUCCUAGGCUUCUACACAGUGGACAGUCACAGAUUGUCUGAAUAUACCCAUGGCUUAUUAGGGCAGUUUUUUCAUCCAAUUGAUUUUGAUAUCCUGGAAGUCCAUCCUGGAUCUGAUCCUGAGAAACCAGAUGCCACCAUGAUUGUCAAAAAUAACCAGCUGACCGUAACCAGGGGAUGGCAGAAAGAGUAUACAGAAGACAUUCGGCAUGGAACAAAUGUCCCUUGUUGGUUUAUUCACAACAAUGGUGAAGGUCUUAUUGAUGGCACAUACACAGACUAUAUUGUUUCUGAUCUGUUUUAGUCUGAAGAUAUAUUUCUGUUUGCCUGUGAGAAUUGUACUGCCAUUGAUUUCCAUGCAUUUUUAGCAUUGUCAUAGAUGAUUUUUUAAUGAGUCCAGCAUUUGAGUGCAAUUUGAGUGCAAUCCUGCUGGCCUAAAUUACUUCAAAUCAUUUUACCAGUAGGUAGAUCCUCUACUUUAUAGAUUCAUGGAAUUGAAUCCAAUAAACCUUUAUUCAGGUAAAAUUCUUGUCCCCACUGCAAUCCCUGUUCCACUUGGGCUUUUGUUUAUGGAUCCCAUAAUCCCUGACAUCAUCACAGUUAAUAAUCAAAAAAGCCAUUCUAUCCUUUUACAAUAGCAAUAUAGGUGGUAGGAUCCAAUCAGUGGCCUGUGAUAUCGUCACAAGUCACCAACUUUCAUGUUCAAUAUAACUGAACUAUAGUAUAUAUUUUUCCAGAGUACAAGUUAAUAUGAUUUUUAAAGUUAGUUUUGUAAAAUAUUGAAGUCUUUAAAUGAAAUGGCCUUUAAAUAAAAUAAAAAGAUAGCUUUUGCAUGCUGAAUGGUGCUUUUUUGGACUACAAAUCCUUCCCCUAAAAUUAUCAGUAUUUGACAUCAAUUUUUAAAAGUUUUGAAACUUUUGAAUAUUAAUUUUUCAUCAUAGCGAUCACCGUGAAUGAUACCAAUUUUUGUAUAAUGUACCAUUUUGGGGAUAUCGGUAUCAAGAGACUGAGCAAAGAAGGGUUACUGAUGUUGCUGGUUAGCAUUAAAUAAUCGUUUUUAAGCAUCCUUCGUCAAAACCAUAAUUCUAUGCACUAUUAAACAAGCUAGUUUGAUAAAAGAGCAUUGAUAUUCCCUCAAAUGACUAUUGGUGAAAAUUGUCGUCUUCCCUUACAGCACUUAUUUUCAUUUUGGUUGCACUUGCCAUUUUGUGUCAGCUUUAGGAGCUGCCAUACUGCACUACCAUUUUAAGAAUGUUCCCAGGAAUUUACUUCCUUGCAUCAUUGUAAAAAUUUGAUGAAUAAAGUUUGUUUUUCCUGGCAAUCC